AUGAAAGCUUCAGUUUAUAUUCUAGCUCUCUCUCUUUGCUUCACAUUGGCGAAUGGAGUUCUCUAUGUGAAUCCAGGAAAUCCUCAUAACUUUCCCACCAUUCAAUCUGCCAUUGAUGCCGUGCCUUCGGAUAACAGUCAAUGGAUUGAAAUCUCGAUCAAAGAAGGCAUCUAUAAUGAAAAAGUAACAAUCCCUUCUGACAAGCCAUUCAUCUAUUUGAAAGGAGACGGCGUGGGAAGAACUACGGUUACUUGGGGUGACAAUGGCACGAUAGAAACUAGUCCGACUAUUAGUUUUCUGGCUGAUAAUACUCUCGUGUCUGGGAUAAAAUUUGUGAAUUCUUUCAAUUAUCCUCCCAAGAAUAAUAACCCGUCGUGGGCAGUAGCAGCAAGGAUUGCGGGUGAUAAAUUGGCCUUUUAUCAGUGUAGUUUCUUGGGAUUCCAGGACACACUGUAUGACGAGAGAGGUAGGCACUACUUUAACCAAUGUACCAUCGAGGGAGCCGUUGAUUUCAUCUUUGGUAAUGGUCAAUCAAUUUAUGAACAAUGUCGCAUAUUGCUAAAUACACCAGAAAUAGGCUACAUAGCUGCUCACGGAAGAUAUGAUCCAAAUGAUUCAAGUGGAUUUGUAUUUAAGAAGUGUAGAGUAAUCAGAAAAUCUGAAGGAAAGACAUAUCUAGGAAGAGCAUGGAAAGAAUAUUCGAGAGUUAUUUUUUACAAGUCACUUAUGGCCAACAAUAUCCUUCCCGAAGGAUGGGAUUCUUGGGAUAAAGAUGUAAAAAAUUUAACCUUCGUUGAGCAUCAUUGUUAUGGACCAGGAUACGACACGUCAAAACGGGUCAACUGGGUAAAAACUCUAAGACCAAAUGAGUUGAUGGCAUUCGUAGACAUUUCCUACAUUGAUAGCGAAAGGUGGAUUGGACAGCAACCAACUGUUCAUUAA